UUUCGGAAUUCAGCCGCCUUAUUCUCGGCGCAGUGCAUUACUCCAGAUACUAAUGCAGAAUUCAGAUCGCUGUAUAGUGUGAAGGAAAUAAUCGAUAUAAUGACUGUCAAUGGCACGGAACUGUUUUUCGUGGGCCAGGAGCUGAAGGAACUUACUUUCGGAUGGACCGAUUAUACUCUCUUUGCCGGUCUGUUGGGCAUCAGCAUGCUCAUAGGCAUCUACUUCGGUUUCUUCAGUACGAAGCAGAAUAACACCACUGAGUAUUUACUCGGUGGCAAAUCCAUGUCUUUUCUUCCGAUUAGCAUGAGUCUGAUGGCAAGUCACAUAUCGGGAGUGUCUUUACUUGGUGUUCCCUCCGAGGUGUAUCAGUACGGAACUCAGUAUGCGGCGUGCAUUUUCACAUCCUUCAUAAGCUGUUUCCUAAUCGUACGCGUAUACCUACCGGUAUUUUACAAGCUACAGCUGACGAGCACUUUCGAGUAUCUGGAAAUUAGAUUUGCCAGGCCGGUCCGACAAUUAGCGUCUUUUCUCUACACCCUUGCGCUAGUGAUCUAUGUACCGUUGAUAAUCUACGUGCCGGCAUUAGCCUUUUCGCAAGCGACCGGGAUGAAUCUGCAUUACGUUGCGCCAGUGAUAUGUAUGGUGUGCAUCUUCUACACGACUAUCGGAGGUCUGAAGGCUGUCGUAUGGGCGGAUACGGUUCAGAUGACGGUAACUGUCGGAAGUCUCAUUGCUGUUUUGAUAUUGGGAACAAUUGCCGUGGGCGGCGUUAGCGAGACCUGGAGGAUAGCUGAAAAGGGUGGUAGAAUUGUAUUUUGGAACAUGGAUCCUAGUCCUUUCACCAGAAAUUCAUUUUGGGGCAUGUCAGUGGGAAUGGUAAUGGCAUGGCUAGCAUCGUUGGGCAUCAGCCAGGUUUCUAUGCAAAGAUUUCUUGCAGUACCUACUAUUGAGGAAGCACAAAAAUCGGUAUGGGUCCUGGCUGUGGGCUUAAUAUUCAUAAAAAUGAUUUCCGUUUUUACCGGCCUUAUAAUGUACGCUAGAUAUCACAAAUGCGAUCCUAUAGCUGCACACGUCGUAGCAAGGAGCGACAAGAUAUUACCAUAUUACGUACUAGACGUAGCCGCGAACGUUCCGGGACUUCCUGGCCUCUUUCUCGCCGGUCUGGUGAGCGCCGGACUCUCGACGAUGAGCGCCGGGUUGAAUACAGUCGCCGGCACGAUUUACGAGGAUUUCAUCGAUCCUUGGAUGCCAGAAAGCAACAAAGAAACUAAAGCCGCCAACAUUAUGAAGGUCACGGUGGUAAUCCUAGGCAUCUUAUGUGUGGGCAUGGUAUUCGUUAUGGACCGUCUCGGCGACAUUUUUCAACUAUCCCUGACUCUGACCGGUAUCACUGCCGGUACCAUGACGGGUCUUUUCUCGUUAGGGAUGUUAGUACCCUGGGCAACGGCCAAGGGAGCGGUGAUCGGCGCAGUAGUUUCGAUGAUGACGAUGCUCUGGAUCAUUGUCGGCGCGCAAUGGCAUAUGGCUAAUCGCAGUCUCUACUAUGAACCGCUUCCUUCCUCCACAGAGGGUUGCGUGAAUAUGCCUGGACUAUUUAAUCGUACGAUCACAACAACGCAGAAUCCUGUACAAGUCGAAUCUGUGGACGAGCCUUUCUUUAUGUAUAGGAUAUCCUUCAUGUAUUACACGCUAUUGGGGGCCUUAAUCGUGAUGGUGAUCGGCACGACAGUCAGCUUCAUCUGCGGCGCUGCUGAUAUAAGGAACAUCGACCGAGAUUACUUUCCACCGUUUAUAACGAGAUUUAUGCUACCAAAAAAAUAUAUGGAAGUGUCGUUGCAUACGGUGCCAACAGCAUUGAUAACUAAUCCAGAGAAAGAAGAAUUAAAAUCUUGAAACAUGUAUAUUUUAUUCCAAACCUUAUCUCUUUUCCAUGAUCGUACAAAACUUUAUUACAGUAAAACACAUAUGCACAUAUAAUAUAUAUGUGCUUAAACGUACGGAAUAUCGUUUGAUUACAAGUU